AUGUCUGACAACGAAGGUGACAGGGAAUACUGGCGUAGUUCGGAGAAUAACAAGCGUGGACAAAGUUCUGCCUUGGAGCAGCGAUGCCAGCAGCUAUCCUGCCAUUCUAUCCAAGGUCCUAUCGUCCAUUAUGGACGCCAUUUUGGGCGAGCAAUAUAUGCAUUCUGUAAUGUCCAGAGCCUUAUCAAAAACAGUUUCAAACAUAUGGUUUCAGACAAGCCCGAAGAGAGCUAUACAGCUGAGGAACAUAAACAAGAAGCUGUAUAUUUAGAGCUGCUUAAAAUUAUUCCAAGGCUGGAGAAAGAUUUGAUGAGAGAAAAUUCCUCUGAGGAAGAAAUAAUCCAUAUUGCCGACUUAGUAUGA